GUAUACAUGAUCCAAUAGAAUUGGAGGAACUUUUUAUUUUAUCUCACUCCUCGUCAUUCAUUGAGUUUUUAUGAACUCUUGGCUAAAUUGCUGAACAGAUACAGCAAUGGAUUUAUUAAAAUCAAUCACACACCCAGAUGAGGUGAUUGCUCUGCUGCGCUUUAAAAUGGGAGGCAGCAAAGCCAUAAUGCCAAAAUGUGAUUUGAACAGUAUGAGCUCAAGUUUAAAGCAUUGUUACCAUCUGCUCAACCUGACAAGUAGAAGUUUUGCUGCUGUCAUACAAGCUUUAGAUGGACACCUGAGAGAUGCUAUUUGCAUAUUUUAUCUAGUGCUACGAGCAUUAGACACUGUAGAAGAUGACAUGACCAUCCCCAUAGAUAUUAAAGUUCCAAUGCUCAAGACGUUCCACAAAAACCUUUUGGACCCUGAGUGGAAAUACAUGGAGAGUAAAGACAAGGAUAGGCUAGUGCUGGAGACAUUCCCAGAGAUAUCCAAAGAAUUCCGAGCCCUUGCACCUAUAUACCGAGAGGUUAUUUCUGAUAUAUGCCAGAAAAUGGGAGAUGGCAUGACAGUGUUUCUGGAGAGGAAAGUUGACACAAUGGACGAGUGGGACGAAUACUGCCACUAUGUAGCUGGUUUGGUUGGAAUAGGACUAGCUAAACUGUUCUCAGCGUCAGGGUUAGAGGAUGAGAUUGUGGGCGAGGACUCCAAGUUAGCUAACCAAGUCGGCUUGUUUCUACAGAAGACAAACAUCAUCAGGGACUAUCUAGAAGACUGGAAUGAUCAACGAAUAUUUUGGCCUAAAGCUUGUUGGAGGAAAUAUGGCAAUGAUAUUGGGGACUUUGCCAAGCCAGAGAACAGAGAGAAAGCUGUGGAGUGCUUGAAUGAGUUGAUAACAAAUGCCCUGGAACUGGUGCCUUCCUCCAUCCUGUUCAUGAGCAGACUGAAGAAUCAAAGUAUCUUCAAUUUUGUUGCUAUUCCACAGGUGAUGGCAAUUGCUACUUUAGAACGCUGUUACAAUAACCCUAAUGUGUUCACGGGGGUGGUUAAAAUACGCAAAGGUGAAACAGUACGCAUGAUGCUCAACGCAACCAAGUUUGAGAAUGUGAAAGCUAUAAUGAAACAUUUUACAUUGGAAAUAAUGGAAAGAAUACCAGAGUCAGACCCCAACUGCGCUAGAACAAAACAAGUCUGUAAUAAAGCUUUAGGUGUCACAAAGACAGAGCUAGAGUACACAACGUCCAGUAUAUACCCACCCCUGUACAUGAGCAUGGGGCUAAUGCUGUCUGCCAUAGCCUACACCUACUGGUCCCAGAUCUCACAGUGGUACGAUGAAAUCUUUUAGGACCUUUCAUCUUGUCAACUUGUCAUGCUAGAAAUCUUUUAAAACUAUUAGGACCAGUCAACUUGCUGUGCUAGAAAUAAUUCAAAACUUAAUCACUCGAGCAGUCUUG